AUGUCUUUCAGAGAUAAGAUAAAUUUUUAUAGUGUUCUCGAUCGAUUGAUCCCUCCUGAGAUACUAAAUCAGGAUUAUGAUAAAGACUAUUUGGCACGACGUAAUUUAUUGCAAGCGCGUGCCGUUGUUAUUGUCACAGUAUCAGUAUGCUUCGCUCUUAUUUUACAGCUCUUAAUGGAUCUCUAUCUGAUAUUACUUAAUGGAUCAAUAAAUAAAUCUGAAUUUCCUUGGCCAAUUACUUUACUCGGUACCACUCUCUAUAUUGGAUUCCAAACUUUGAGUCAUGCAAACUUUUUUGCUGUUCCUCCUUUUGGAUCUAUUGGAAAAGAGAUCCCAAUAUCAUUGUCAGCUACUGGCUGGGUUGCUUAUGAACAAGAAUUCCAAUAUAAUCAAGAACGCAUGCAAAAAUCCUUGGAUGAGGCAAGAUCCGCAGAAACCGCAAAGUCCAUGUUCAUUUCUAAUGUUAGUCACGGUAUACUCGCAACCGUCGAAAUUUUAUCAAACACAAAAUUAAACGAAUCUCAACGAGCAUUACUUAAUGCUAUUGAAAGUUGUGGAACGAAUUUAAUUUCGGUAGUUAAUCAGAUUAAGUUUACUGAUAAAGGAAGUGUUGAACUAACUGCUGUUGAAAUAACUGAUGAAACUGAGUCUAAGAAAGAUAACGUAAAAAAGAUUUUAUCUUCACUGUUACCCGAAAGUGAGAAUAGUGAUAGUAGUGAAAGUGAUCCAGAAACACCAAUAGUCAAGUUUCGAGUAGAAGUAAUUGAUACUGGACGUGGAAUUGACCCUGAUUUUAUGAAUCAUAUGUGUCAACCGUUUUCUCAGGAAGAUUCAUCUUUGCGUAGAAAAUUUGAAGGAACGGGGCUGGGUCUUAGUAUCGUUAAAGGUCUACUAGAUAUGAUGUACAGCCGUUUGGAAGUUGAAUCAAGCCUCGGAGUUGGUAGUAAAUUCUCUUUCGUUCUCGAGCUUCCUUUAUCUCAAAAAUGGGAAUCCCUUGCACCUUCUCAAUUACCAUUCGAUCAUCAAUAUCUAAAACUUCCCCCCGAAGAACAAAAUCGACUAACUUCUCAUUCACAGUCUUUAUCCUUUGCUGUACUGCAAUCUGAAAAUACCUUAUACCUGCGACGAAUAACGUCUUAUUUAGAUCAAUGGGGAUUUAAAUAUCGAGUAAUAAAGAAAGAAGAUUUGAAGGCUGAGUGUGAAAAAGAGCAUGCGGACAUUGUGAUCUUAAAUGAUAGUAUUGGUGAUUUGGAAUGGUUUUUGGACGAGUUUGUGCAAUUUUAUGGACCUAUGAAAAGUAGUAAUGAAGGGGGUGAGAAAAGCGUGAAGCGGGAGCAUAAAGACGAGAAGAAACAACGGAUAUUGUUCUUUUCAACGAUCGAAGAUUAUCAGAACGCGCAAAAUGCAUUACAAAAGUAUAAAGUCCAAUUUGCUGUUGUCAUAUCAAAGCCGGCCGGUCCAGUAAAAAUUUUAACGGGUAUAAUAAAAGUGAUAGAGUCUUUACUUUCACCCACGUCCGAAAAUAUAUGUGUAAUAAAAGAAGAGCCUGCUGUAUGUAAUUAUUCGCAAGCGCAAGAAGUAUAUCUAGGCGGUGAAUUAUUAUUUUCAUCAAGUAUAUAUGGACUAGCAGCUGAUAAGACAGAAGAGUUUCCGAUCAGUGUUAGCAGCGAAAAAGCUUUAGUGAACCCUGUUUAUAGUACGGAUGAUGAUACCAAAAGAACGGAACCUACUGGGGUACAAUCAAUUGAAGAACAAUCUUCAACAGUUGAGAAAUCCGAAGGAAAGAAAGCACAUUUAACAAAGGGCAAAGAAAAAGAAGCUAAUGAAAAGACUUUGAAAGAUAUAUCGUUUCUUAUUGUUGAGGAUAACAAGGUUAACGCAAUGAUUUUAAAAACAAUGUUAAAACAAACCGGGUUUAAUAAUUAUGAUGUGGCUAUUAAUGGACUUGAAGCGGUCCAAAAAUUUUCUAAGAAAUUAUAUGAUAUAAUAUUUAUGGAUUUACAAAUGCCGAUUUGUGAUGGGAUUGAAGCAACAAAAGAAAUUCGAAAAAUAGAAAACGGCGAGGAGUCAUAUUUGAUAACUGAAACGCCAAUAAGUUCUGAUAUACUUCUAACGAGCACAGAUAGGAAACGCCGGAAAAAAGCGAUUAUUAUAGCAAUGACUGGACUUGCUUCUGAAGAAGAUAGUGAAGCUGCGGAAGCAGCUGGAUGUAAUGAAUUUUUAACAAAACCUGUAUCUAUAAAAACUCUAAAUUCGCGUAUGGAAUGUUGGACUCGAGAUGUACUAGAAUCUGACAAAAGAGAUGUUAUCACAGAAGAGGCAAAGCCACAAGAAGAAAAAGAGCAGCAAUAUCCACAAAUGGAGGAGGAAAAACUCGAUCAACCACAAAAAGAGAUGGAAACGAAAUCAGAGUCACAACAACAACCAUUAGGGCCGAUAUGA